AUGGCAUCAAUAACAAAAGAUGAUGAAUUAUGUUCGUUUGAUGUGCCAGAAACAACACGUCAUUCAGGUGGUCAUACAUUAUAUAAGAUCAUAUUACAAGUUACACCAAAAGAAUUAACACAAAAUAGUUAUCAACUUGUAUAUUGGAAACGAUAUACAGAUAUUCGAAAACUAUACGAUGUUCUUAGUCGUUAUCAUCAAGCAGUUUAUCGUCCUGGUAAAUUUCCUGAUUUUCCAGAAAAAUCACGAUUUAUGGAACGUUUUGAUCCAGUUAUUGUUGAAGAACGACGUGUUGCUACAAAAAAUUUUCUUAAUUAUGUUCUACAACAUUUAUAUUUACGUACACAUGAAGCAUAUAUAAAUUUUUUUCAGAAAGGUGAUAAAGUUUUAUUACCUGAUGUCGAAACAGUUCCUUUACAACCUCAAGUUAUCAAUUCACAAUCUGAGGUGAUUAAUAAUACAAAUUCGAUUACAACAUUACCAACUUCAACAAAUGAAUCAAUUAUAGAACCAGAGAAAGAUGAAAUUUUAUUAACUACUGAUGAAAAUGAACAAAUAGAAAAUGUGACAAAUACUUGUGCUCAGAUACUUGAAGAUCUGAAUGAUCUUCAGUUUGAACAACAAGAAGAAAUUAAUAAAGAAAAAAAAGAAUUUAAUUUAAUUAAACAAGAAGUUGAUGAAGUAGCAAAUUUACUCUCAUUACCAUUGGCAACAACGACAAAAAACAAUAAUUCGCCUUAA